GGACUCCACUUCCAAGUUUUUAUACUGGGUGCCCAUCCUGUUUCAUGGUUGAAGGCUGUAAUCAUCCACAGGCAGAUGGUAGUUGGUGUCACCGAAAAUGGCUAUCAACAUCAAUCGAGAGGUUGAAGAUACCUUUUACAGGUACAAGAUGCCGAAGCUUGCUGCCAAGGUAAAGCUAGAUAUGACAACCACAAGCCAUAACCUUGUAGGUGGAGGGGAAAGGAAAUGGUAUAAAAACGGUCAUCGUUAAUGUCUCGGACAUAGCGAAGGCAUUGUACCGGAAACCCAUAUGUAUGUCGCAAAGUCUACUAACUUGAUGGCUUUAGAUCUCACGAAGUUCUUUGGAUGCGAGCUAGGGGCACAGAUCCACGUAGACGAGAAGAAUGAACGCUAUAUUGUCAAUGGAGCCCACCAAGCAGAUAAGCUGCAAGAACUACUAGAUGGUUUCAUUAAGAAGUUUGUUUUGUGUCAAAGUUGUGGGAAUCCGGAGACCACUAUGCAUGUUAACAAAAGAGGCGGUACGGUUGCUACCACUUGCAAAGCGUGUGGCAGUCAGGGACAGCUAGAUGUCACCCACAGACUGACUCAGUUCAUUGUGAAAAAUCCUCCAGAGCCAGAAGUUACUUCAGCCAAGGCAAAGCAAAAGAAGGGGAAAAAGACAAAAGGAGAGAAUGAAAAGACUUCAGGUAACAGUGCUAGGUUAACCAUUACGUUUUCAGACGACGACAACGAGGGCAACGCCGGUGGUGGUGAUGAGAACAACCGCAACAGUCCAGUUAACGCUGACGAAGAAGAUGAGGAUGAAGACUGGCUGGAAGACACUACCGAGGAGGCACGACGUCAGAGGAUGAGCACCUUGUCAGCUAUGGCGAAGUCGCUAGCUCUGUGUGACGAUGUAGAACGCUCUGAAACUGAGAGAGCUGAUAUUUUCUUCAAACAUUUGUCCCAAAUGAACCAGUCUGGCGAAGUCCUGUCACGUCGUAAAGAGCUAAAGUUGGAGGCUGAUCGUCUUAGUCUCGGUCCACGUGCUGUGUUGGUUAUUGCUGAAGUGCUGUUCAACAACCCUUCUACCAUACUAGGUGAUAUUAAGAAGUAUUCUCCACUACUACUACUCUUCACGCGGUCUGGUGAAGAUCAGAAACGAGCUCAGAUGUACACGUGGGGUGCAAUGGCAAAGCUCAUCGAGAGGCACGCAGAUCAAAAUCUGAUCAGCAAAGCAUGUCAUCUCCUGAAAGCUUUGUAUGAUAACGACAUUAUCGAAGGGGAUGUUAUUCUAGCAUGGUACGACAAAGGGCCAUCUAAAAAGUUCGUAUCUCGUGAAUUGAGUGCUAAGAUUCUAUCUCGCUGCGCACCCAUGGUGACAUGGCUGAGACAAGCAGAGGAGGAAGAGUCAGAAAGUUCCGACGAGGAGACUGAGACCAGUAGCCCAAAGGUGCCCCAACCAACUAAUGGUGUGAAUGGCACAAGUGCCGUUGCUACCAACGGGACAGACGCCGAAGAAGACGAUGUUGACAUCGAUGCUAUUUAA